CCAGGCAGGCGAAAGAAUCAUAAUGCUUAAUGCAUUACAAAUAACUACAACAAGUCAUGUGAUCUACAUCCGGGUCACUUGUUGGUAAGGACAGAGAGCUUGUUUUGUGUCGUCUAAUUCAGGGGCUUGCGCUGAAAGAUCUGACUUUAUUGCGGUAAAGCCUAUUCCCUCUUUCCGCCAGACAUGACGGACAAGGAUGAGAAGGGGGAAGAGGAGAAGAUCUAUGGGGGGUGUGAGGGCCCAGAUGCCAUGUAUGUCAAACUGAUUUCAUCAGACGGCCACGAGUUUAUCGUCAAGCGGGAUCACGCCCUCACAUCUGGCACGAUUAAGGCCAUGCUUAGUGGUCCAGGUCAGUUUGCGGAAAAUGAGACAAACGAGAUUAAUUUUAGAGAGAUACCAUCUCACGUUCUCCAGAAGGUCUGCAUGUAUUUCACAUACAAAGUCCGCUACACCAACAGCUCGACAGAAAUACCGGAAUUUCCGAUAGCACCAGAAAUUGCCCUGGAACUCUUAAUGGCUGCCAACUUUUUGGAUUGUUAAAUUAUUAAGCUUUCCCGAGUUUACUCUGAAAAACUUUUGACAAUUCUUUGAUAAUCAUUUAUUGUCAUAGGGGAUUUUAACCUGUGUUAAUUGCAAUGUUUGGACCUUAGUUUAUGAAGUGUGUUUCUGCUUCCUCUAUAUCCAGUUGAAAACUUCAUCCUUAUGCAAAAAUGUUUGAUCUUGGAUCGAGGACAGCAUGGAUAUGUAUGUGGACAGGUGUAUUGUCAAAAAAAAACCAAAAAAAAAUUAAAUACAAAUUUUUAUAUUUAUCUUCUGGGAAAGAGUAAUGUAUACAUAGAACUGUGGAAGAAUUUUAUCAUUUGAAUUGACUGAAUCGUAUUUGAUGCAUACCAAAUUAGUUUUUUUCUUUUAUUUCAGUGAAAUCGCACAGUUUGCAAUUGGUGUCUACAUAUAAAAACGGCUAAUAAUAAAUUACACACUUUUGAUGCAUUAAUUUAUCAGAAAUAUAUCAGUUUUUUUUAUACAUAUAUAUAUUUAAUUUUAGUUAUUUCGGUUGAAUUUUCAGUUGCAUGUAUUAUAAAUACCAUCAAACACGGCCCCAGAAAAAAAGGACGAUCGGACCAGCAAAUGUUUGAAAGUGCAAGUUUUAAUUACAUUGUUCCUGUGUACCACCAAAGUAGAGCAGUCAUUGAUUCUUGAUGUUUAAUAUUUGACAAAUUGAUUAAAAAUUGAAAGUAGUGAUGUGUGGCAAGCAUUAAAAUUGUCGAAUUCCUGCGCUUUUAUAACAAGGAAUAGUUUACUGUUUUGUUUUUUGUUGUACAUGGUUUUUAUUCCUUUGUUCCAUCACCUGCAUUCAGAAGACAUGUAGAAUUGACUGUAUAGCAUAAAAUAAUGUUAAUUAAUAAAUGUCUUGACCGUGCUUGUCAUGCUAACAAAA